CAUCACGGUCCAGCUCUGCCUCGACAGCACACAGCGUACCAUCCGCUCAGCCCUCUGGAGAUCUGACAUCACCUCACAUCCUUAAUGCUCCGAUAAGGAGACCAACUCGUGGCCGGAGCAUCUCUCAAAGGGCGUGGCACCGCUUUUUGGAUUUGACGCACAAAUGUGUGACUGGAGCUAAUAACGCGCAAAUAGGAUUGUAAUUUUUCUUCCAGCUGACAGCUAUCCAUGUAUACAGUGAGCUCCAGUUCGGGGAACCCUUCCCUGCACUGCUCCAUGUCUUCCUCGGCGGAUUUCUCAGACGAGGAUGAUUACAGUGUGAAAUCUGGGUCGGCAUCACCUGCACCCGGGGACACUUUACCCUGGAACCUGCCCAGGCAUGAGCGGUCCAAGCGGAAAAUACAGGGAGGAUCCGUGCUGGAUCCGGCGGAGAGAGCCGUGCUCAGGAUCGCAGAUGAAAGGGACAGAGUGCAGAAAAAGACGUUUACAAAAUGGAUAAACCAGCAUUUGCUGAAGGUACGAAAGCAUAUAAAUGACCUGUAUGAAGACUUACGAGAUGGACAUAACCUGAUCUCGCUGCUGGAGGUUUUGUCAGGAGACACAUUGCCGAGGGAGCGUGAUUUUCUGAAGACAUUGCGGUUGGUGAGUGGGACAGAAGCAUGUGCAGUUGAGCAGCAUGAGGACACGGUGGAUGAUGAUAAGGGGCCUCGGGAGAGAGGGAGGAUGCGCUUCCACAGGCUCCAGAAUGUACAAAUAGCACUGGAUUAUUUAAAGAGGCGGCAGGUUAAACUUGUGAAUAUCAGGAAUGACGACAUCACAGAUGGCAAUCCAAAACUGACCCUGGGAUUGAUCUGGACCAUAAUUCUGCACUUUCAGAUCUCAGAGAUCCACGUGAUCGGAGAGUCCGAGGACAUGACAGCCAAGGAGAGGCUACUGUUCUGGUCCAGGCAGAUGACAGAGGGCUACGUAGGUGUACGAUGUGACAACUUCACAACCUCCUGGAGGGACGGGAGGCUAUUUAACGCCAUCAUUCAUAAAUACAGACCAGACCUGGUUGACAUGGGCCGUGUGUCGACACAGGCCAACCGCUCAAAUUUAGAGCAUGCGUUUUGUGUAGCUGAACAGCUGGGCGUGGCCAGACUGCUGGACCCCGAGGACGUAGACGUUCAGUCACCCGAUGAAAAAUCAGUCAUCACAUACGUCUCAACACUGUACGACGCCUUCCCCAAAGUACCCGAUGGUGUUGAUGGAAUCAGUCCUAAUGAUGUUGAUAUCAAAUGGGUGGAGUACCAGAACAUGAUCAAAUACCUCAGCCAGUGGAUCAAACACAAUGUGGCCAUAAUGUCAGACAGAUCAUUCCCCAACAACCCUGUGGAACUCAAGGCACUUUAUACACAGUAUCUACAGUUUAAAGAACAUGAAAUCCCUCUGAAAGAGAACGAGAAGACAAAAAUCAAUAAUCUUUAUAAAAUGCUCGAGAUGUGGAUUGAGUUUGGGCGUAUUCAGUUACCCCAGGGUCAUCACCCUAAUGACGUGGAGAAGGAGUGGGGUAAAUUGAUUGUUGCCAUGUUGGAGAGAGAGAAGAGCCUGAGGCCGGAGGUGGAAAGGCUUGAAACCUUGCAGCAGAUUGCCAACAGGGUCCAGCGAGACUGUGUUAAUGGAGAGGACAAGCUGGCAUUGGCAAGAAUUGCCCUGCAGUCUGAUGCAAAACGUCUCGAAUCUGGCAUCCAGUUCCUGCAUGAAGCUGAAAUUGCCGGCUACCUUUUGGAGUGUGAAACCAUCCUCAGACAACAAGUUGUGGACAUCCAGAUUCUUCUGGAUGGGAAAUUCCCCUUUGCAGAUCAGCUUGUCCAAAGGGUGUCCAAACUGCGGGAUGACCUUCUAUCCCUGCGAGCAGAGUGUUCUUCUGUGUACAGCAAAGGUCGCACCCUGACCACAGAGCAAACCAAAAUGAUGAUCUCCGGCAUCACGCAAAGCCUGAACUCGGGCUUCUCCCAGAACAUCAACACAAGCCUGACACCAGCCCUUACUCCUGCACUCACCCCGGGGGGGUUAGGUACCCCUGGGUCCACAUUCACCUCUAGCCUUACACCGUGCCUGACCCCGUCCUUGACCCCCGCUUUGACCCCCGGCCUGCAGCCUGCUUCAGUCCAGAGCUACAUGGGGAGCGGUGGCGGUAUGGACCCAGGCAGCCUCAGGCAUUUGAAACACAUGCAGAUCCGCAAGCCAUUACUGAAGUCCUCCCUGGCAGACUCCAACAUGACUGAGGAGGAGGUCAACAUGAAGUUUGUUCAGGACCUCCUGAACUGGGUGGAAGAGAUGCAGCUGCAGCUGGAUCGUUCAGAGUGGGGAUCAGAUCUGCCAAGUGUGGAAAUGCAUUUAGAAAACCACAAAAGUGUACACAGAGCCAUUGAAGAAUUUCAAAUGAGUCUUAAAGAGGCCAAAAUGAGUGAGAUUCAGAUGACCAUGCCCCUGAAACUAGCUUAUUCAGACAAACUGAACAAUCUAGAAAAACAGUAUGACAGGCUUUUGAGCUGUUCGAGAGAGCGACAGAGCCACCUGGAGAGCCUGCACGACUUUGUGUCCCAGGCAACUCAGGAACUCAUCUGGCUGAAUGAGAAGGAGGAGGAGGAAGUCGCCUUCGACUGGAGCGAUCGCAACAGCAACAUCUCCAAGAAGAGAGACUACCAUGCUGACCUGAUGAGGGAGCUGGAUGAAAAGGAGGAAGUGAUCAAGUCUGUGCAGGACAAGGCAGAGCGCCUCAUGCUUAAGAACCACCCAGCCAGACUCUCUAUUGAAGCGUACAGGGCCGCCAUGCAGACACAGUGGAGCUGGAUUUUACAGCUCUGCUCAUGUGUAGAGCAGCAUCUCAAAGAGAACGCUGUUUAUUUUGAGUUUUUCAGUGAUGCCAAAGAGUCCAUGGACUACCUAAAGAGCCUGCAAGACGCCAUUCAAAGGAAAUACAGCUGUGAUCAAUCGAGCAGCCUGCACAGACUGGAGGAUCUCAUUCAGGAGUCCAUGGAUGAGAAAGAGCAGCUUCUUCAGUACCGCAGCGCUGUCGCCGGGUUGGUGGGCAGGGCUAAGAAUAUUGUGCAGCUGCGGCCCAGGAACCCUGACAGCCCUGUGAGAUCCUCCAUCCCUGUCAAAGCCAUCUGUGAUUACCGUCAGAUAGAGAUAACCAUUUAUAAAGAGGAUGAAUGCGUACUGGCCAGUAACUCUCACAGGGCCAAGUGGAAAGUCAUCAACCCAGCAGGGAACGAGGCCAUGGUGCCCUCUGUCUGUUUCACUGUACCGCCACCCAACAAAGAGGCUGUCGAUAUGGCUGCAAGAACGGAGCAGUUGUACCAGAAUGUCCUGGCACUCUGGCACCACUCCCACAUCAACAUGAAGAGCGUGGUGUCCUGGCAUUAUCUAAUGGCUGAUAUACGAGCCAUCCGCAACUGGAAUGUGGCCUCAAUUAAGACCAUGCUACCAGGUGAGCAUCAGCAGGUCUUGAGCAACCUGCAGUCCCACUUCGACGAGUUCUUGGAAGACAGCGAGGAGUCGGAGAUAUUUACAGUGGCCGACUGCGCCCAGCUAGAGAGAGACGUGACAGCCUGCAAGGAGUACUACCAGGAACUGCUCAGAUCUGCAGAAAGAGAGGAACACGAGGAGUCGGUGUACAAUCAUUACAUCUCAGAAAUACGCAACUUCCGGAUGCAUUUGGAGGCCCAUGAAGAACACCUGAUCCGGCAACUCCGCACGCCACUAGAGAGAGACGACCUGGAGCAGAGUCUGCAGCGCAUCACAGAACAUGAGAAGAAGACGGCAGAGAUGAAUAAACUGAAGGAGGACCUCAACGUCAUGAAGGAGAAGUGUGAGCUGUUCCUCAAACAGGCUGCAGGUUCUCCUUCUGUGCCGACGCUUUCCUCCGAACUCACCGCCCUCGUCCAGAACAUGAGCCAAGUGUACUCCAUGUCGUCCAUUUAUAUGGACAAACUGAAGACAGUGAGCUUAGUGGUGAAGCACAGCCAGAGUGCAGAGGCGCUUGUUAAGGCCUACGAAUCCAAACUCUAUGAGGAAGAUGCUAUGAACUCUGACGUGAGGUCCAUCGAGGCAGUCAUUUCAACACUCAAGCAAUGGCGGACAGAGAUUGACGAGAAACAGGAGGUGUUCCAUGACAUGGAGGACGAGCUGCAGAAAGCACGCGUCAUCAGCGACCGCAUGUUUAAGACACAUAACGAGCGGGACUUUGACCUCGACUGGCACAAGGAGAAAGCUGAUCAGCUGAGCGAGAGAUGGCAGAACAUUCACUCCCAGAUAGAUAGCAGGCUUCGGGACCUGGAUGGUAUCAGCAAAUCUCUGAAACACUACAGAGACUCCUACAGCACUCUUGAUGAAUGGGUGAGAGAAAUGGAAGAUGCGCAGCUUAAGGCCCAAGAGAACAAGCCUGAAGACAGCAAAGCACUGGCUGAGCUGUUAAACAAACAAAAGGUCCUUGUUGCUGAAAUUGAACAGAAACAGAGCAAAAUCGAUGAGUGCCAGAAGCACUCGGAGCAGUAUUCAUCUUCCAUUAAGGAUUAUGAACUGCAGCUGAUGACCUUCAGAGCGAUGGUCGACUCCCAACACAAAUCCCCCCUCAAGAAACGGAGGAUGCAGAGCUCUUCUGAUGCCAUUCAGCAGGAGUUUAUGGAUCUGCGAACCCGCUACACUGCUCUGGUGACUCUCAUGACACAGUAUGUGAAGUUUGCCAGUGAAACACUGAAGAGAACUGAAGACGAAGAGAACAGAAAGGCUUUUGAGAGAGCAGAGAAUACAAAACGGACAGAGAGCGUGGAGCUCCAAAAAGCUGCAGGGGAAGUAGAGAUUAGUCAACUUAAGCAACGGGUCCAGGAAGAGGUGGCUCUGCUGGUUGAAAGACAAGCACAGGUGGAGAAGUUGGAAAGAAAGAGAUCUGUUGAUGAGGAGAAGAGAGAGCAUGGUGAUAAAGUUAGCAAACUGUUGCACUGGAUGUCCAAUGUGAAACAGACCCCGAACAAUGAUGGGAAUGCCCUGAAAGAUAGCAAUGCCAACACAGACGCUUCUAAUAAGCCCCAGGUGUCAGUUGAGGAAAUGGUCACUAAGAAGGAACAAAUUGCAGAAGCACUGAGGGUCACACAGAUGAUGCUGAACAAACACAGCGACAAAAUGACAGAAGAGGAAAGAGAAAAGGCCCAGGAACAGCUGAAGGCGCUCAAUCAGGCCUACAAUGAACUCUCCCAACACUGUUCAGAUCAGACGACGUCUGCAGAAGAGGAUUUAAAAUCCAGUGGGGCCAGGUUGCAGGCUGGACCCAUGAGUGAGAUUGAUGAGGUAACUGGGAUCACCCUCCCAGAGGUCCAACCUGUGUCGUCGAGCCUUUUUCAGUCUGAGCCGCAUGUCCAUCUGGAUCGAGACGAUGUUUACAAAUCCACCCUGAACUGCUUGCCAAAGUUCAUCAAAGCCAGCAAGUGCAUCCAGAGUUCACAUGUCUCUUCUGUGUCACACUCUGACAUAGCAGCAGCGAGGGAAGGGUGUGAAGACCCGAUUAUCAAGAUGAUAGAGGUCAAAGAAGUCAGCGAUGGAUUGGAGGUGUGCUACACAGGGGACACGCUGACCCUGGAAAAGGCUUUUCAGAGCGGUUUGAUACCUGCACCUGUCUAUGUGGAGAUUCUUCAGAGGCAAAAAAGCUGUCAGGACAUGAUGAAUGAAGAGGUCGAACCCUGUGAGGUCAACAGACUGAUAUUGAAGUGCCUCAGCCGGAAUAAAUCACUGACAUCAGGGAGGGGUAUUAACACUCUGAGGUCUUUUUGUGAUGGUUUAAGUGAUCAGGAGGUCAUGUCAGAGGACGAUAUGAGUGAUGGGCUGAAGGUGGACGCAGCAGUUCAGUGUGAUUUGAUGAGCUCUAGUAGCACACUCAUUGUGCUUGAAAAUCAGCAGCAGUUUUUGGGACUUGUGUUGCCUCCUUCUGGGGGAAUCCAAACUGUGUCCACCUCAUUCCAGCAAAUCACCACUGAUGAGUUCACCAGCACACUUUUCAGUAAUCGGGAAAAGAUAGCAGCUUUUUACAUUCCAGAUAUUUCAGAGGUGAUGGACUUUAACUCUGCGGUUCAGAAUGGUUUCAUCGACACUUACACAGCAGAGGUUUUGAAAUCUAUAGAAAUUCCUGAUGUGUUUUCUGACGUUGAUCAGCUCAAUGACAAGUUCUCAUCCUGGCUCAUGUACAAAAAACUCAAAGCUGAUGGAUGUCAUCACGCUGCAGAUUGCUUAAAAGUUGAUAACAUCCCGAAUCACGCUGAAGCAAAGCAGUUAUUCAUCUCCUAUCUAAUGUUGAACAGUUACAUGGAUCCAGAGUCAGGACAAAGGGUCCUGGUACUCGAUACACAGCUGAGUAAAAUGGUUAAACUUUUUCUUGAAGAUUCAGUUCUUUCUGAAAACACUGAGAAAAAUGUAACUUCUCUGACUUUAAAUGUUGGUGAUCUUUCAGAGCAGGUGGAUUUAGACAUACCGCUGCACAUAAAUGAGGAAGCAGAAGAGUUGGUGAAAUACACGCGACACACAUUUGAUCCUCAUAGUUUUGUUUCGUCAGUCAAUGGAAGAAUCAGCUUCAGUGACAAACUAUAUGCAGAUGACGAGGCUCUACAUCUGUCUGACAGUGACACUGACAUGGAAGCCACAGAGGCAAGUGUAGUGGAAGAAAUAGUGUGUCAAAACAACACAAACUGGACAAAUUCGGAUGAAACUGGAGAGAGAAUUUCUGGGAAUAGUUCCCAAAUUGAUGUCAUAGGUGCUGAUAGUGAUGGUUUUCCAACUAAUCCAGUGACGUCAGUCUUGACCACUCUAUGCCCUGUCAACAGACAGAACGUUGGCUCACCAUCAAGUCUGUUUCACUCUGAGUGUACGCUAAAAUCCCACCGUCAAACACUACCGUACUACGAUGCUGAGUCACUUUGUAGUGAAUCUGAAGGUACAGAUUUUACCCAAGAUGAAUUUUUAUGCUCUGAGGACAUGUUGAAGGGUGAAAAUGAGCAAGGCGAUACUGUUCAUCUCCUGAAAGUGCAAACAGAGGAAGGAUACAUUUCAGGUGUGACCUCAGGGAGUCAUUAUAACAUGGAGGGAGCCCUUAGUCAGGGCCCAGAAGAGACAACAGUACUGAAACAGCUUGACCUACAGUCAGAUGAAAAAGGAAGUGUUGAGGGAGAUGAAGAGGACCCAAUGUCUGAUGUUAAACAGCCAGCGUCAUAUGAAUCCAUAUCGUCAAAUAUUUCUCUUAGUUUAAAGGAACAGCAGAGCCUAUUGAGGUCUGGUUGCAGCAUUAAUGUCAGUGAGUCAGCAGAUGACUUAGAGCCUGAGGCCAGUAUUUACAACCAUAAUCUGUGUUUCAUCAGUAAUGAAGGUGAGUACACGCAGACUGAGAUGAAUGUUGCUGUCAUGGUGCUCGAUGUGACCAAUGAGGAGGCUGACAACAGAAAGAUAGACAGCGAUAAUGGAGAUACAGAGAGAGAUUGUGAGACCACAGGAAAUGUAGGAGAGAUGAGUAAUUAUCCACAUCAUUCCCCUCCUGCAGUUAGCGAGUCUCUGAUGAUCUCACCCGCCUCGUGGAGUCAGGUUACUGCAGAGUUUGGUCAUUACAUUGACAAAUCGCCUUUACUGGCUGAAGACAGUGACUCACAGGGUGUAAUCAAUAACCGGCCAACAGAUUCAGCUUUUGUUGUAGAAAACGCUGCUUCAACUUUGCUGUCAUGUCCAUCUAGUCCGAGUGACAGAACCUCCACUGACCCAGAAACUCAAUACACCACCUCCAUUAAUCACUCUAAAUCCGACAGCUCACUCACUGACAAUGAUUUUCCCAUUGCUGCGCAUGAUGCCCAAGUGGGAAAUCAGACUUUCAGUGAGAGUGAAUUAGACAUGUGCUCAUCACAUUGCGAUGCGUUGUCGAAUGAAGGUAGAAUAGCGAAUGACAGGAGUGCGGUUCAGUCACCUUUGGAUGACGAGCCAAGUAUAGAUUACUCAUCGUCCAUGAAUUCGGUCGAAAGUGAAAUACUCUCAGAAUCUAGGGGUUACUAUGACAACAGCAUUGCAAAGGAUGGCAGCAGAAUCACAUUACCUCAACAAACAGUGCUUCAUUCAGAAAGUGAUUUUAGCGUUGGCUCUGAGCCCAGCUGCACUCAAAAUGGUCAGAGAGUGCUUGUUGGCGAGAGAGCUCCACAGUCGCCUGUUGUUCCCGAUGAAGUCACCGCUACAAACGCUAUCAAUCUUAAGUGGUUUGAUGGGCGAGAUUCAGAUCACGACACACUAACUACCACCACAGUUUCUCUUGAAACGGCACUGUUUGAUGAAGAUUUGUCAGGUUCACAAUACAGUGGUGCAGAGGAUGUUGAGUUGAGUACAGAGAGGCAACAGGAGGACAUUUCGGAUGUCUCCAGUAAUGCGGAACAGAUCUGUGUGUCGAGAAAUGCACAGACAGCACAGUCAAGUGAUAAAGAAAGUGCAGAUAUUAGUGAAAAUAUGUCAGGACAAACCGAAGUUGGAAGAUUAGGUGUGUGUGCUUCUGAGCAUCUCCAGGCAGAUUUCAUGUCAGGCAACUGCGUUGCAUCUUCAGCUGCGUCUGGGAUUUUUACUGCUGUAAGGGCACAUGUAGAUGACGAGGAGGAAAUGAUGGGGCCUGAUGUCAGUGAUUUGCAAAAGGCACAAACUCGAGAUAUUGAAAACGCUAUUGCUGUGGUUCAGGAUACUCCACAACCUGAAGAAGAAGAUGGUGCUCAUGACAGAGACAGUGCUCAUGGGCUUAUAGAAAGCAGUCACCCCGACCUUCUCAUGGAUCUGAUGAAGCAAAACGGCCUCAGUUUGAACAACAAAGAAACAGGAAACUCAGAACUGAUAAUGCAGGAAGAGAAAGUUGAUGAAAAGGUGGUGAAGGCUGAUGCUCCAAACAUCCAGCUGCAGCUGCUGCAGGUUCUUAAGACUGUUUCUUCAAGCCAAGACCUCUCAAUGCUUCAGGAGGUGAUGGACACUCUAAACAGCGCUCUGGGGGGCGACUCUCUGGUUGCUGACUUUCAGCAGGAGCGGCGGCACACACUGGAGAGCAUCAAAGAGGAGAGCUCAGAGGGGGAAGAUGAGGGGUCAGCAGAAGACUCAGGUCGCUGUUGCUCUGCUGCAGAGAGUCACGAACCUUCCCCUCAGUCAUCUAGCAGCUCAGAUGCCUGCAAAGUUGAGGAGGUUAAAAAAAAGCUGUUUACCAUCCAGGAUUAUUUGGAGUGUGUUGGGAGACUGCAGGAUCACGCUGAUGUUUUAGAGGAUGUCAGAAAAGAUCUUUUGAUCCAGACACACAUGGGAAACAACAUGGAAGAAGUGCAGAUUCAAAUAGAGGAUUUUCAGUCUCUGGAGUCCCAACUUUCUAGAUUGUCUGGUGUUCUGACAGCAGAUUUGGAAAAAGCCAAACAGCUCUUAAAUUCUGCUGAUGAGGACAUUCCCAUUCAAAUCCACCAAGAUUUGGCCUCGACAUAUCUGGAUUUAGAGCCAAAUUUCACUGCUGUUUCCCAAAUGUGUGCAGAAAGGAGUCAGUCGCUCAUUCAAGCAAUGGAAACGGGGAAGGCACAUCUGGAAUCAGCAUACCUGAAACAUCUCAGUGAUCUUGAUGAACUAGCAGCUGUCAUCCAAAGCACCUCAGAGAUGUGUGACGUGGAUCUGAAAUCAUGUGAUGUGGACGCACUGAAACAUCUGAUUCAGCAGAACAGGGACUCAGAGAGCAGUCUGCUGAAAGAAGCCAGGCUCAAGUUAGAGGAUGUCACAUUCGAUAUUCAGUGCUUUAUUUCUGAACACGCUCAGUUCCUGAGUCCAGCUCAGAGCAGCUACCUGCUAAAGUUCCUCAGCACCACACAGCGAGCGUUCAGGGAUCAGACGGAGAGGCUCGUUACCCAGAGGAGCGCCUUAAAUGUCCUACUGGACACCAGGGAGAGGGAGAGCCGGGAGAAGUCUUUGCUGGAGAAACACAAGGAGUUUACAGAGAAGUUGGAGGAAGUGUGUGAUAAUCUCACCCUGACAGAAAACCAGCUGAUUGGUCACCAGCAGCAGGCCGAAAAUGCUGAGUGUGUCACAGACCUGCAGCAGUACCAGCAGGAGCACCAGGCUCUGCAAAAAGAUGUAUUGACUAAUGCCAGUGCCUUGAAUGAGGUCAUCACCAGUACUAAAAAGUUUCUGGAGGAAAACCGGAGCAAGCUGACACCAGAUCAAAUCGCCAUCAUCGAGGGUAAAUUAGAAGAGGCUAAAAGCAAAGCCAAGCUCAUCAACCAGCGGGCUGAGGAGUCCAGGAAAGAUCUGGAGAAGGUUGUUACCACAGCGAUUAAACAGGAGAGUGAGAAGGCUGCAGCUGUUGAACGGCUUGAAGAGAGUAAGAACAAAAUCGAAGGUCUCUUGGACUGGAUAUCCAACAUAGGGAAUGAAAACGAGAGCACUCUGGAUCAAACUGACCAUAUAAGUAAAGAGAAUGGAAACCUGCCAGAAGAAACUUCAGCCACGGGACUGAUAAGAGAGGAUGACGAUGCCAAUGGAAACGCUUUACAGACCACUGGAAACGAUUUUGGCAGCGAGACCAGCGGGAAGAAGGAUGCCUCUCUGGACCUCGAUAAGCAGUAUGACAGGGUCAAGGCCCGUCAUCAGGAGAUCCUGUCCCAGCAGCAGGACCUGAUCAUGGCCACCCAGUCGGCUCAGGCUCUGCUCGACAAGCAGGCCAACGUGCUGUCUCCAGAGGAGAAGGAGAAGCUGCAGAAGAAUAUCCAGGAGCUGAAGGGGCGCUACGAGGCCUCGCUGACGCAGGCCGAGCAGCAGAUGAAGCAGGUGCAGUGUGUCCAGGAGGAGCUGAAGAAGUUCCAGGGUGACUGCGAGGAGUUUGAGGGCUGGUUAGACCAGGCAGAAGGGGAGAUGGACAAGCUUGGCGCUCCUGAGGGCUCCCUCAAUAUCCUCAGUGAUAAACUCCAGAGACAGAAAAGCUUCUCGGAGGAUGUGAUUUCCCACAAGGGGGACCUUCGCUUCAUCACCAUGUCGGGACAGAAAGUGCUGGAUGUGGCUAAGGCCUGUGGAUUGACUGACUCUGCAGCUAAAAACGCUCUGCUGGAUGUGGAUACUUCAGGAACCUGUUUGGCUGUCAAGGACAAGUUGGAUUCAGCAGCUGGCAGAUACAAAACGCUACAUUCACAGUGCAAUCAGCUCGGCAACAACCUCAAAGAUGUGGUUGACAAAUACAAGAAAUACAACGACUCGAGCGCUGGUCUUUUGAAGUGGCUCAACAGUUCAGAGGAGGAGGCCAGGAAACAGCAGUCAGAGGCCAUAGCAGCAGACCCUCAAACACUACAGAAACAGCUGGAGGAGACCAAGGCCCUACAAGGUCAGAUGACAGGACAUCAGACUGCUAUUGAUACACUGCGCAAAGCAGCUGAGUCUUUGGUAACAUCUGAAGGAGACCUGCUGAGCAACUCAGACGAGAUCCAGGAGACAGUAGACGACAUAGUCGAGCGCUACGACAACCUGUCCAAGUCUGUGAGUGAUCGAAAUGAGAAGCUGCAGAUCACCCUGACUCGCUCCAUGAGUGUCCAGGACGGCUUGGAUGAGAUGAUGGGAUGGAUGGAGGGAGUGGAGGCCAGUGUGAAAGAGAAAGGACAAAUUCCCCUGGACUCUGCAUCCAUUGGAGAUAUCCUCAGCAAAGAAGUAGCAUUAGAGCAGGACAUAGCAAGUCGCCAGAGCAGCAUCUCAGCCAUGAAAGCCAAGGUGAAGAAGUUUGUGGAGACGGCAGAUCCCUCUGCUGCUGCUCUUCUGCAGUCUAAGAUGGACGGCCUCUCCCAGCGUUUCACUGAUGCCUGUGACAAGCACAAGCAAAAAGUUUCCCAACUGGAGCAGCUGAAGGAAAAGGUGGAAGAAUUUGAGAAAGUCGCAGAUAAAGUUCAGCAGUUUGUUGUGAAGCGUUCGCAAGAUCUGCACGAGACAGACGGGCCGGGGAAAACUUUCAAUGAACUGUCUCAGCUAAUGCAGAACACUAAAGCUGAGAUGGCUGAACAUGCCAAUGAUUUGGAGAAGCUGAAGAGUCUGUCCAAAGAGCUGUCUGAAAUAAGCCCAGAUGGAAACAAAGCCCAGAUCCAGAGCAAGAUGGACAGCCUCUCGAAUAUUUUCAGCACCUUCACAGACACUGUCAAAGAGAAGGAGGAGGAGGUUUCAUCCUGUCAGGACCAGCUGGGAGAGUUCAGAUCUGCAGCUAAUGCUCUCACCAAGUGGCUGGAGCAGACCAAUGAGAAAGUGCCUGCGGUUAAGCCGAGCAGCAGUGUGAAAAGUCUGGAGAAAGACCUGCAGACAGUCAAUGGAUUAUUAGAUGAGUGGAAAUCCAAAGACCCUGCUGUCCAAGACCUGAACAGCAAAGGAUCGGAGCUGUGCAGUCUCAUGACUUUCCUCACAUCCCCCGCCAAAACAAAGACUCAUAACAAGUCAGCUCUUACUAAUGGUGGUGGUCCAGCGAGCCAUUCCUACCUAACCAAUAAAGAGUUGAUGGUAAUUCAGCAGAACAUGUCAUUCGUCAACGAUGGAUAUGCAAGCCUUGGCGAAACGCUGAAGAGUCGGGCAGCAGAGCUGAGUGAUUCGGUGCAGGAGGUGAAAGACGCCCAAAAAGAGACAGACAACAUUAUGAAGUGGCUGAAGGACAUGAAGAAGACUGCAGCGUCCUGGAACAAUGCAGCCACAGAGAAAGAUUCAGUAAAAACACAGCUUGAACAGCAGAAGGUAUUUGAGGCUGACAUGAAGGAAAAGCAGGAUCAGCUCCAGAAGCUCAGAGAGAAACUCCUCAACUUGAUUAAGACUCAUCCAAACUCCCCUGAGGCUGCAAAGUGGAAGCAGAUGCUAGCAGAAAUAGAUGCUGCUUGGGCAGAUAUCAGCGGCUCUGUAGAGGAGAGGAAGCAGCACCUGGAGCAGUCCAACAAGAACCUGGACAUCUUCCAAACAACUGAGUUACAGCUCGGUCAGUGGCUGUCAGAGAAGGAGUUGAUGAUGAGUGUCCUCGGACCUCUCUCCAUAGACCCCAACAUGCUUAAAAUGCAGAAGCAACAAGUUCAGAUCCUCCAGAAUGAAUUUAAGAGCCGCAAACCUCAAUAUGAGCAACUGGAGGAAGCUGCCUCCGCCAUCCUGAGCUCCUCAGGCAACCAGGACCCCUCAAGUGGGAAGCUGGUGAGGGAGCAGCUCGCUACCGUCACCCAGAAGUGGCAAGGUCUCACAGGACAGCUGGACCAGCGAGACAGCCUCAUCGACCAGGCCGUGGUAAAGACGGGGCAGUUCCAGGAGUUACUGAGGAGUGUCAGUCAGACUGCCACUCAGCUGGAGAAUCAGCUGUCCAACCAUCAGGGCCACAGCACCCAGCCUGAUGCUGUGAAGAAGCAGCUGGAGGACGUCCAGAACAUCUCGGCACAGCUGAGAGAGGAGAGGAAGAAGCUGAAGGAGGCUGAGGCCAUCAACACAGAGCUCACAGCGAUGGUGACCGAAGACUAUCUCAAAGCAGACCUGGCCCGGCAGCUGGAGAGCGUUAGCAAGCCUUUCAAACAGCUGGAAGAGAAAGCAGCAAAACGGAUUGAGCAGCUCAAUUCAACCUUUGCCAGCUCUCAGCAGUUCCAUCAGACCUCCAAAGACUUCCAGUCAUGGCUGGGUGAGAAGCUCCAAGACCAGUCGAAGCCCCCGUCCAUCUCUGCUAAAGCGGACGUCCUGCAACAAACCCUGGAGGAGCACAGUAAACUUCAGAAGGCUCUCAGCGAACAGGAGGAAGCUUACAACACAAUUACUGGGGAAGGGGAGAUGCUUCUGCAGAACACUGACGGUGCAGAAAAGUUGGCACUGCAAGGGCAGCUGACUGCACUCUCCUCCAACUGGGAGGAGGUGAAGAAGAGCUCGGUGGAGCAAGCUGAAAAAGUCCAAACUGCUCUGCAGAAAUCCCUCAAGUACCAGGAGCAUGCAGAGAAGCUCAGCUCUUGGAUUCAAGAGUGUGAAGCGAGCGAGAGCCGAGUCAAACUCACGGUUGAUCCAGUUGCUGUGGAGAGCUCCAUCUCUCAAGUGAAAGCUCUCCAGAAAGAUGUCGACAAGCACAGAGGGAUGGUGGAGCAGCUCAGCACAGCUGCAGAUAGCCUCCUCGAGGUGGCCAAUGCAGACACUGAUGCUAUCAAAGAGGAAAAGGCAAGCAUUUGCAAAAGAGUGGAUAAUAUAGUGGAAGGUCUGCAGAGCAAAAGGGAGUCCUUGGAGAAGAUCUCACACACGGUUAAGGAAUUUAAUGACACCUACAAAGAGGCAAAGGGUCAGCUUGAGGGGGCUAAGAAGCAGGUGGAUAACUAUGAAUCACAGGGAGCUCAGGCACACAGCAACAAGAACCUGACCAACAUGAAAGCCCAACACAAGAGUUUAGAGGGACUGCAGAACCAAGUGGAGCACCUGAAGACCUUGGCCAAAGACCUUGUGGUGGAUGUCCCGGAUGCUGAUGGGGUGACAGACCUCCUGCUCCAGGCUGACAGCAUGGAAAAAGACUACAGCAACCUCAACAAGAAGCUAGAGGAGACGUGCCAAGUGUUGGAGGGUAAACUGCAGGGUAUCGGGCAGUUCCAGAACAGCAUCCGUGAGAUGUUCACCCGAUUCACAGACCUGGACGAUGAGCUGGACAGCAUGGCUCCUGUAGAUCUUGACUUAGCUUCUCUUAAAGACCAGCAGGACAGCAUUCAGAGCUUUGUGGCCAAGCUGCAAGAGCUGAUAGCCAACACAGCCAACGCUGGAGACAGCUGUAAAAAGAUGCUGGAGACUGAAACCUCACCUGACCUGUUAGGCCUGAAGAGGGACCUGGACGCUCUGAGCAAGCAGUGCGGUAAACUGCUGGACAGGGCCAAAGGCAGAGAGGUGCAGGUGCAGAGCACGCUCACCAAACUGGAGGAUUUGUACGGUAAACUCCACCAAGCAGAAGAUAAACUCUGCAGAGCUGUGGACAAGGAGGCUUCCCAGGAGGCGGUCGGCAUGGAGACAGAUGUCAUCAACCAACAGCUGGAGGCUUUCAAGGCAUUCCAGAAAGAGGACAUUGAUCCGUUGCAGACGCAGCUUCAAGACAUCAGCUCCCUUGGCCAGGGCCUCAUCCAAAAUGCUGCUAAAGGCACCAGCACCAAGAAGCUGGAGGAUGACCUGGAGGAUGUCAGCACAAAGUGGAAUACCCUCAAUAAAAAGAUUGCUGAGCGCUCAGCCCAGCUGCACGAAGCCCUGCUGCAUUGUGGGAGGUUCCAGGAUGCUCUGGAGUCACUGCUCAGCUGGUUGACUGACACGGAGGAGCUUGUUGCCAAUCAAAAACCUCCGUCUGCAGAGUUCAAAGUGGUCAAGGCACAGAUUCAAGAACAGAAACUCUUACAGAGACUGCUGGAUGACAGAAAGCCGACAGUGGAGCUGAUAAAAAAAGAGGGAGAGAAAGUUGCAGAGCUGGCAGAGUCUGUGGAUAAAGAGAAGGUUGCAAAGGAGAUCGAAUGCCUGGGGCAGAGGUGGGACGCUCUGCUCAAGAAGGCUGAAAACAGGCACAAGCAACUGGAGAGCAUCUUAGUGGUCACUCAGCAGUUUCAUGAAACCCUGGAGCCGCUAAGCGAGUGGCUCGCCGCAACAGAGAAACACCUCGCCAACUCCGAACCCAUCGGCACUGAGACGUCUAAGCUUGAAGAUCAGAUCUCUCAGCAUAAGGCCUUAGAGGAGGAGAUAAUGAAUCACAGUAAAGACCUGUUACAGGCCGUCAGUCUGGGUCAGAUGCUCAAAACUGUGAGUUCAGUCGAGGAAAAGGAGUUUGUUCAGUCCAAACUGGACGGCACCCAGGCUAUUUACAUAGAGCUUCAGGAGCGAUGCAGGAGGAAAGCCGAGAUGCUGCAGCAGGCUCUGGCAAACGCCCAGCUGUUUGGAGAGGAUGAGGUGGCCCUCAUGAACUGGCUAAACGAAGUGCACACGAGGCUGAGCGAAGUGUCCGUGGAAGACUACAGAGUAGAUGUUCUUGAAAAGCAGCUGGCAGAACAACGGGCUCUGCAAAGUGAUAUUGAGUUGAGGAAGAGGAAUGUUGACCAAGCCAUCUCUAAUGGGAUGGAGCUUCUGAAACAAACGACAGGUGAUGAGGUGAUUGUUAUUCAAGGCAAACUUGACGGAAUAAAAACAAAGUAUGCUGAGAUCAACUCUAUGAGUGACGGCGUUUUGAAGACAUUGGAACGCGUUUCCAGUCUCUCCACGAAGCUGCAGCAGACCCAUGAGGACCUGAGCUCCUGGCUGGACAAAGUCGAGGCUGAGGUCAGCGCUUUUGCUGAUCAGGAGCCAGUGGGCGAGCAGCUCAUUCAGGCACAAAACAGGCAGAAGGCCUUGUUGAAGGAGAGCAAAGAUCAAAAACCAGUGAUGGACAAGCUGAAUGAACUGAGCAGCUCUCUCCUGGAUCUGAUCCCCUGGCACACUCGUGAGGGUCUGGACAAGCUGGUGUCUGAGGAUAAUGAACGGUACAGAGCCGUCUGCGACACCGUCACCCUGCAGGUCGACCAGAUCAACGCUGAUAUACUCAAAUCACAGCAGUUUGAGCAGGCUGCAGACACUGAACUCUCCUGGCUGACCGAAGCUGAGGGGAAGUUGCUGUCGAUGGGCGAGAUCAGGCUGGAGCAGGAUCAAACCACAGCCCAGCUCCAAGCACAGAAGAUCUUCUCCAUGGACAUCAUGAGGCACAAAGAUGCUGUGGAUGAUAUUGUGAAAACAGGAAAGGCCAUCAUGAACAGCAAAAAGCCAGAGGAGAAAGAAAUCUUGAAGGCCAGGACACAGACUCUGCUGGAGAAGUAUGGUAUCGUCAGUCAGCUGAACUCGGAGCGCUGUCUGCAGCUGGAGCGAGCCCAGUCUCUGGCCAGUCAGUUCUGGGAGACCUAUGAGGAGAUGUGGCCAUGGCUCCAGGAAACCUUGAGCACCUUCAGCCAGCUGCCACCACCCUCCAUCGAGUAUGAGACACUCAGGCAGCAGCAAGAGGAGCUCAGGCAAAUGCGAGAGCUGAUUGCUGAGCAUAAGCCCCACAUCGACAAGAUGAACAAGACCGGACCUCAGCUGCUUGAGCUCAGCCCGGUGGAGGGAGAGCCCAUUAGAGAGAAGUACACCGCCACAGAUCAACUUUACACCAAACUCAAGGCAGAUGUUAAACAGAGAGCUGCGACUCUUGAUGAGGCCAUCUCCAGAUCCACGCAGUUCCAUGAUAAAAUUGACCCGAUGCUGGAAUCCCUGGAACGGAUUGCCGAGCGCCUGCGGCAGCCUCCGUCCAUCUCAGUGGAGGUGGACAAGAUCAAGGAGCAGAUUACUGAGAAUAAAGCCGUCUCUGUGGAUUUGGAGAAGCUGCAGCCCUCUUAUGAGACGCUGAAGCAGCGAGGCGAGGAGAUGAUCGCACGAUCUGAGGGAGCAGACAAGGACAUGUCUGCCAAAGUUGUACAAGACAAACUGGACCAGAUGGUGUUCCUGUGGAACGACAUCCAGGCCUUGAUGGAGGAGCGUGAGGCGAAGCUUCUGGAUGUGAUGGACCUAGCGGACAAGUUCUGGUGUGACCACUGCGCUCUCAUCGUCACCAUCAAAGACAGCCAGGACCUGCUGAGAGAGCUGGAGGAGCCCGGAGUCGAUCCUUCGGUCGUCAAACAGCAGCAGGAGUUUGUCGAGGGAUUUAAGGAGGAGAUCGAUGGGCUGCAGGAGGAGCUUGAAGUGGUUCAGAACCAGGGUGCAGAGCUAUUGACCGCCUGCGGAGAACCUGAUAAACCUGUGAUUAAGAAGAGUCUUGAUGAGGUGAACUCAGCGUGGGAAAAUCUCAAUAAGACUUGGAAGGAGAGAGUGGAGAGACUGGAAGAGGCCAUGCAGGCUGCUGUGCAGUUUCAGGACGGCCUGCAGGGUAUGUUUGACUGGGUGGAUAUUCUGGAGAACAAACUGGAUUCAAUGUCACCCGUAGGCACAGACCUGGAAACUGUCAAGCAGCAGAUUGUAGAGCUCAAGGAGUUCAAAGGAGAGGCGUACCAGCUGCAGAUCGAGAUGGAGCGCCUGAACCACCAGGCGGGACUCCUGCUGAAGAAGGUGACGGAGGAGGCUGAUCGCUGCGCCAUCCAGGAGCCGAUGUCCGAGCUCAAGAUGCUCUGGGACAACCUGGAUGAGAAGAUCAUCGGCCGACAGCACAAACUGGAGGGAGGCCUUCUGGCACUGGGCCAGUUCCAGCAUGCACUGGACGAGCUGCUGGCGUGGAUGAGCCACACCGAGGAGCUACUCAAUGACCAGAGGAAGGCUGGAGGAGACCCCAAAGCCAUCGAGAUAGAGCUCGCCAAGCAUCAUGUUCUCCAGAAUGACGUGCUGGCUCACAAGGCGACAGUCGAAACCGUCAAUAAGGCCGGUAACGAUCUGGUGGAGUCCACUGCUGGAGAGGAAGCAUCUGGUCUGCAGGGUAAACUGGAAAACCUGAACCAGCGGUGGAAAUCCAUCCUGGAGAAGACGGAGCAGAGGAAGCAGCAACUGGAGAGCGCUCUGCUUCAGGCCCAAGGUUUCCAUGGUGAGAUAGAAGAUAUGCAGCAAUGGCUGAAAGACACAGAACGUCAGCUGUUGGCAUCAAAGGCUGUGGGAGGCUUACCAGACACGGCCCGGGAGCAGCUUAACGCCCAUCUGGAGUUGUGUUCUGCCUUCGAGGUGAAGGAGGAGCUGUAUCAGGAGCUGAUGAACAAGGGCCACCAGCUGCUCGCUUUAACACCCGAGGGCCCGGACAGCAACAUGGAGCAGGACCUCGCCAACCUGAAGGACAAAUGGGAAGCGGUGCAGGGGAAGGUCGCUGAGAGAAAGGUGAAACUAGAAGAAGCCUUGACGCUGGCCACCGAUUUCCACAACUCGCUUCAGGACUUCAUCAACUGGCUGACCCAGGCGGAGCAGACGCUGAACAUGGUUUCCCCCGCCUCCCUCAUACUGGAGACCAUCAUGUUUCAGAUUGAUGAGCAUAAGAUGUUUGUGACAGAGGUGAACUCCCACAGGGAACACAUCAUUGACCUGGACAAGACGGGAACACAUCUGAAGUACUUCAGCCAGAAACAGGAUGUGGUCCUGAUCAAGAACCUGCUGCUCAGCGUGCAAGGCCGCUGGGAAAAGCUGGUGCAGAGGUCUGUUGAGCGCGGUCGUCUGCUGGAUGAUGCUAGGAAGCGGGCGAAACAGUUCCAUGAAACUUGGAAUAAACUGAUGGAGUGGUUGGACGAGUCUGAGAAGACUCUGGACUCAGAGGUGGAAAUUGCCAACGAUCCAGACAAAAUCAAGACGCAGCUGGCUCAGCACAAGGAAUUCCAAAAAGCUGUGGGCAGCAAACACUCAGUGUAUGACACCACUAUUCGAACAGGGAGGGCGCUGAAAGACAAGACCUCCCUCCAGGAUGAUAAUCAAAAGUUGGACGACAUGCUGAGUGAGCUGAGGGACAAAUGGGACACCGUCUGUGGCAAGUCAGUGGAACGACAAAACAAGCUCGAGGAGGCCCUGUUGUUCUCCGGCCAGUUUACAGACGCUCUCCAGGCUCUCAUUGACUGGCUGUACAGAGUGGAGCCCCAGCUGGCUGAGGACCAGCCGGUACAUGGAGACAUAGACCUCGUUCUCAACCUGAUAGACAACCACAAGGUUUUCCAGAAGGAGCUGGGGAAGAGGACAGUGAGCGUUCAGGCUCUCAAACGUUCAGCGCGGGAGCUGAUCGAGAGCAGUCAUGAUGACUCGUCCUGGGUCAAAGUCCAGAUGCAGGAGCUGAGCACUCGCUGGGAGACGGUGUGCAACCUCUCGGUGUCCAAACAGGCACGGCUGGAGCAGGCCCUGUGCCAGGCGGAGGAGUUUCACUCAACUGUUCACAUCCUGCUGGAGUGGCUCGCUGAGGCGGAGCAGAGUCUGCGAUUCCAUGGCAGCCUGCCUGAUGAUGAGGAGGCUCUGCAGGCGCUUAUCGAUCAACACAAGGAGUUCAUGAAGAAACUGGAGGAAAAGCGAGUGGCUCUAAAUAAAGCAACCACGAUGGGAGAGGCUAUUCUGGUCAUCUGCCAUCCAGACUCCAUCACAACCAUCAAACACUGGAACACCAUCAUUAAAGCCCGGCUGGAAGAGGUGCAGGCCUGGGCCAGGCAGCACCAGCAGCGGCUGGCCACGGCCCUCACUGAGCUGUUAGCCACUCAGGAGCUGCUGGAGAACCUGCUGACCUGGCUGCAGUGGGCCGAGACCAACCUCAACGAUAAGGACAAGGAGCAGCUGCCGCAGGAGCUCGAGGAGGUCAAAGCCCUCAUAGCAGAGCACCAGGCUUUUAUGGAGGAAAUGACCAGGAAGCAACCAGAUGUUGACAAAAUCACCAAGACACACAAAAGGAAGGCUGCUGUGGAACCUCCAGUCCAGUCUCAGAUCCCUGUGCUCGAAAAAGGAAGAACUGGAAGAAAACGUUCUCCCACACAAACAAUGUAUGCGUCAGCAACACAGCCUCCCAUUGAAACCAAGAACCCCCGGGUUAACCUGCUGGUCACUAAGUGGCAGCACGUGUGGCUGCUGGCUUUGGACAGAAGGAGGAAACUCAACGACGCCUUGGACAGACUGGAGGAGUUGAAGGAAUUUGCCAACUUCGACUUUGAUGUGUGGCGGAAGCGCUACAUGCGCUGGAUGAACCAUAAAAAGUCUCGUGUCAUGGACUUCUUCCGACGCAUUGACAAAGAUCAGGAUGGCAAAGUGACCCGGCAGGAGUUCAUAGAGGGAAUCCUCUCCUCCAAAUUCCCCACCAGUCGUCUGGAGAUGAGCGCUGUGGCAGACAUAUUUGACAGAGACGGUGACGGCUACAUUGACUACUAUGAGUUUGUGGCGGCUUUGCAUCCCAACAAGGACGCUUACAAACCUCUAACGGAUGCUGAUAAAAUAGAAGAUGAGGUUACACGACAAGUAGCGAAAUGUAAAUGUCCAAAACGAUUCCAAGUGGAGCAAAUAGGUGCCAACAAAUACCGGUUCUACCUUGGAAACCAGUUUGGAGACUCUCAGCAGCUUCGCCUUGUACGGAUUUUACGCAGCACUGUGAUGGUGCGGGUGGGAGGAGGCUGGAUGGCUCUGGAUGAGUUCCUAGUGAAAAACGACCCAUGUCGAGUUCAUCACCACGGGAGCAAAAUGUUGCGCUCGGAAUCAAACUCUUCAAUUACUCAGUCUCCUAUAGGUUGGCAAAUCUCAAACUUUCUCACCUUGCUCCAUGAACCCACCAGUGCUAAAGGCAGGACGAACAUGGAGCUGCGAGAGAAGUUCAUCCUCCCCGAGGGAACCACUCAGGUGAUGGCGAGCUUCCGCUACCGAGGCCGGAGAUCUCGGCCAUCGUCCAGAGGAGCUUCUCCCAACAGAUCCACCUCCAGUCAGAGCUGUGCGGUCCCAUCAAACCCAGCAGUGACCAGUACACCCAAGACUCCCCAACACAUAACCCGCAAUUAUGAUAAGCCCUGGCUUACAAACAGCAAACCCUCCACUCCUCUUAAAUCAUCAGACUCCUUUGGGAGCCAAGGGUCAUCCUCAGAGAGUACACCAGUUCAAGGCAGCAAAUUACGUCUUCCCGGUUACUUGUCGGGUAAAGGAUUUCAGUCUGGUGAGGAGGGAACGUUGAUCAGCGCUGCUGUACUGAAAGCUCGGACACAGACAAUAGGUGAAUCAAGAAAAAAUUCCAGCCGACCUGGAAGUAAAGCCGGAAGCAGAGGGAGCAGUCGCAGAGGAAGUGACGCCUCGGACUUUGACAUCUCAGACAUCCAGUCUGUGUGCUCAGACGUGUCCGAGACAGUCGGUGACUCGACCCGUGCGACGCCACGCUCUUCGUCCCGUCAGCACGGAGGAAAACCCUCCAAGAUCCCCACACCUCAGAGAAGAACCACUCCCACGAGCAAACUGGCCAAGGGAUCCAAGCGAUAGUCAGUGGCCUUGAAGACAAACAACCCAGGAGCUAGUUUCACCCUAAACGGACACUGGAGAUAAAUAACUUAAAAAGACUGCUAAUGUGUUGAGUGUUAUUUAAAUUGUUGCGAAGAUGUAAAAUAUUCUGUUGAGAGGCAAUAUGGUUUAAUAUUUUGUGAGAAUGGAACGUCAAUGGCCUUGUGUAUUUGUUUUUAAUGUAUUUUAUUUUUUGUGAAAAAAUGUCAAAUUGUUUUUAUUGUAUUUUAUUUUAUUGAUGCAAAAACCUGUAGAGGUUUGACGAACACUAGAAAACCCGGGAAUGAUUACGUCGUAGGGUUAGCUAACAUUUCUAAACACACUAAUGACGGGCAAGAUGUGGGGUAGCGCUGUGAGAGUUACUGAAUGUACUGUAAUUUAUGUUUGCUGAUGUUUGGAGUAUGGUGCAUUAUGGUACCAUUUGAGGCACUGCAAUUAUCUAUUUAAGUGCUAUGAUAUACUGCCAACAUGCAUUUAAAGGGCAAUGCAAUAUACUACAAUAAACCCCAGUAAGCACUGCAGAAACCUUUGAAAAACACUAUUUAAGGCAAGUAGCAGAAACCUCGUAAUCAUGAAGCUUUUAAGUCCUGUUUGUUUGUGAGCAGCUGCAGCCCCUGUUCUGUUUGACCACUUCACCGCAGUGUGUGCAUUGACCUCGAAGAGGUGCCACUCCAUGUAGACAUUCUCUUGUGCAUCCAUGUCAAUGUAUGGUUAAUUUCGGUAGAGCUGAAAUUGUUACUGUAACAUUACUUUGUAAUAAACCUGCUUGCAGAAAGCCACCAGAUACUGGUGUCGACCACAAAA